AUGUCUCUACCACCUGUACCGUAUUCUACGCUCUCCUCCUCAUAUCCGGGGAAUCCUCCAGGCUCCAACCCUUCCCUCGACACCGAAACCCCUCCCCCACCGCCGCCGAAACCAACCAGCCAUGAAGCCAGCCGCAAGGGAACGCCCCAUGCUGGCUCCCCGCUACCUUUUCCUCCCCCAUUAUCCAGCUCCGCAGCUCGAGAGCCUUCUACUACCCAGGGCCAACCAGGUCACCAUGGAGAUCCAGCUACAGCACGCCCACCCGAUUCCUUACCAGAUGAUGCAUUCUCCGCCGACAAGCUUCCACAACCGCCAAACGUAGAGGACGGCUGGCUCCCAGAUGCUCUGAAAGAUAAAUCAACCCCGGACCUCCACUCCAUCCUCCAAAACCCCACCCUCCUCCACGCCCUUGCAACCACCCACUCUUCCUACGCAGCUACACAAGCCCACCUCACGACCCUCCUAACCGCCAACAAAAAACUAGCCACCCACCUCCUCUCCCUCGAAACACACCUACACAACCUCCGCGCCUCCACCGAAUCCCUUCUCCUCCACCACCAAUCCCUCGAACUCUCCUGGCGCAAGAAGCAGGGCGAGCUUGACACUGCCUUGGAGCCAUGGUCACCUAAGGCGUUAUAUCAGCGCCUCGUGGCGGGCAUUGCGGAGCAAGAAGCUGUGUGUCGAGCGGUUGAGGAGAGCUUUUUGGAGAGUGAGCAGGGUAGUGAAGAGAAGGCGACUGAAAGGGAGGUUGUGGAGUGGGUUAGGAGGGUUAGGACGGAGGGGGCGAGGUUGGAGAAUAGGAGGGAAAUGAGGGCUAGGUGGGAUGAAGGGAGGGUGGGGGGCUGGAGAUGA